CUGCUAUGGGGCAGCAGAACAGUCGGGGCUGUAAUAAACUCAAAUAGGUAACGUGUGCCGCUGUUUUCGUGGUAUGAAGUCUUCCUUAGGCGUUGCUAUGGAGACUUAUAGGGAGGGGAAAUGAGCGGGACGCUCUGGUGCCCAGUUGACAGCUCUGGGAUCCUCCAGUACGUGACAUUGGGGGCAAAGUCACUGAGCACUUCCACAUGGCGGCUGGCACAGACCCAAGCUCAAGACACGCAACUCAUCACAGUUGAUGAAAAAAUGGAUAUUAGUACCAUAAGUGGCGUUCCAGAGGAGCACAUCAAAACAAGAAAAGUCCACAUUUUUGUUCCUGCACGGAAUGCAAUGCAGUCUGGUGUGCAGAACACAAAGAGAUGGAAGAUAGAAUUUGACACUCGGGAGCGCUGGGAAAACCCUUUAAUGGGAUGGGCAUCAACGGCGGAUCCCUUGUCCAAUAUGCUGCUGUCCUUUUCUUCCAAAGAAGAUGCUAUCUCUUUUGCUGAAAAGAAUGGAUGGAGCUAUGAAGUUGAGGAGAAGAGGAUUCCAAAACCAAAAUCCAAGUCUUACGGAGCAAAUUUUUCUUGGAACAAGCGAACAAGGGUAUCCACAAAAUGAAUUGUUAUUGGCUAUCCAUAAGUCUGACUGUGAGCUCAGUCAGCUGCGCUAUAUUUAUAGAACAAAUAUAAUACGCUUAAUCUCCUAAUAAAUAUGACCUUUAAACUACAAA